AUGGCACCGCGAUCCCACAAAACGGCGAGGAUCCCAGACCUCGACGCAUCUGUCGGCCGUGACGAUGCUCAUAUCAUCUCGUUAUGUACAGCCCAAUUCGUUCACAACGAGUGGAUCGAGAGCUAUGACCCGACCAUCGAGGACUCGUAUCGUACCCAACUACAAGUCGAUGGCCGCCAAGUCGUGCUCGAGAUCCUCGACACCGCCGGUACAGAGCAGUUUGUCGCCAUGCGAGAGCUGUACAUGAAGACCGGCCAGGGAUUUCUACUCGUCUUCAGCAUCACGUCUCCCUCAUCUCUCGCAGAACUGGCCGGCCUGCGCGAGCAGAUUGUCCGCAUCAAGGACGACGAAAACGUUCCCAUCGUAAUUGUCGGCAACAAGGCUGACUUGGAGGACACCCGCGUCAUCCCCCGGGCAAAGGGCUUCUCCAUCUCGCAGAAGUGGGGGGCCCCCUACUACGAGUCAAGCGCGAGGGCACGGACCAAUGUCGACGAGGUCUUUGUAGAUCUGUGUCGCCAGAUGCUUCGGAAGGAUGACGCCUAUCUCAAAUCAGGAUUCGACGAGGGGGGGUUCGGAUGCGAUGAGCGCGAUGCGCAGAAACGCCGCCGGCGCAUGCGGCUCCGGGAUCACAACCCUCAGUGCGUUAUCCUCUGA